AUGUUCAAAGACCUAGGAUAUCAAUUACUAAUUAAAUGGAAACUCUGGAAAGUAUUGAUAGUAGUAUUUCCUUUUACAUUUAUUUAUGGAAUAUACCUGCUCUUCGUAAUCUCAUCGAAAUCAGAUAGAAAUUCUUUUGAUGGAAGUCAAUUGAUUCAAGUUGAGGUCAAUAACUAGUUUGCAUAAACCUUAAGUUAGUAUUCUGAGCAAUACAUGAAAGAAUUCGGUAAGACUGACGAUAUCCAAUAAUUGAUGAUGAAAACAUUUAGUAAUUUGGGUUUGGAAACAUUUUAUUAGGAGAAACACAAAAAUGUGAUUGCAAAAUUGAAAGCACCAAGAAGUCCUGAUUAUGAAUGCAGUUUGAUAUCAUUUGAAUAUAACGAUGAGGUUACAAACCUCAAGAUCAGGAGUAUUGCAUAUGUGUUGGCACUUAUUAGACUAUUUUAAUCAGAUUGUAUGAACAAUAAUAUUCUUAGAAAUCAAUUAUUUAUCAAGAGAUCUAAUAUUUGUAGGCCAUCACUCAAAUCAUAAAAGUUAUGGUCAAGGAAUUACAGCAUUCUUAGAAGAAUAUGUAAACCCUUAGGAAGUGUCCUUCAUACCCAGAUCUGGAACUAUUAGAUCUUCAAUUAAUAUUAAUAUCGAUGAUAAAUUUGAUUCUAUUGCCUUGAAGGUAUUUGGAUUGAAUGGCAAAGUCUCAGACAGAGAUUAUUACAAUAGUAUCAACAAGGUUAUGGAGAAAUAGAAUUUUUAUUAUUAAUUUACAGAAACUAAUUAUUAUUGGAUGUAAAAACUUGAAACAUACUUAGAAAAUCAAAUAAGAACAUAUUGGUAGCUAUUAGGAUUAAAUACUCUGUAUUAGCUACCGUAAGCUAGAUUGUUAUACAUGAAUCCUUACUUUUCCAAUUAAAUUGAAAUGUUUCAAGGAGAUCUGCAUGAAGCUCACUCUUACAUUAUGAAAUAUGGAAUUUAUUCAUUUACUUUAAGAGGGUACAAUUCUUAAAACAAAAAUGAUUCAGUUUUAUUGACUAAUAAGUUAUUAUUGAUAGGAGAAGCGAGUAUUAAGGCAUUAAUGGCAAACGAUGAAUUCAUCCAUUCUGGUUCAACUCUGUAUGUUCCUUUAAACAAAAAUUCAACAUUGACUAUAUAGAACUAUUGUUUGCCAUAUGUGUUUGUGAUUUUGAGUUGUGCCAUCUUCGCUAUAAAGUCUGUUUAUAGUAGAUGGCAUUUCAAUCUAUAUAAUGAUGAUAAAAAAGAAUUGGGUAGAUGCAAUUCGAUGGUUGCACAUAAAGCUAUAAUUGAAAUCUUCAUGGGGUUCACCUUAUGUUUCAUUCCAAAUAUGAUAAGUUACUUAGAUAAUCGUUAGCUUGAGUAUUUCGAUUAAUACUUUGCUAUUAUGAUGGUCAUCAUCGUGGUUUAUUAGAUAAUCAUAUAUACUUCAAGGAAAUGGAUAUUUGGGUAAUUUAGAUUGCCUCGGAAUGAAAAUGUAGUUGAAUGGUUAUGGGUUGAAUUAGUGAUUUAGGUGUGUUUUGUGAUGAUGUAUGCAGGAAUAGUUCAAAUACCAAUCGCCACUUUUAUUGCCAUUUUCUUAGGACCUUGGUUUUUCUUCAUUUAACCAUUGAGAUUUAAACGUAUUUUUAUUUGUUAUUGUAGCUAAUUUUAAAUUAGUGGAUAUAUUCUCGUAUGCUAUAAAUUUACUGUUUUUAUAUGGUUAUUUUUAGUUUUUAUCAUUCUUUGGGUUUGAUUAGAUUAUCUAAUACUACAAACAGGUGGUUUUCAAUUAUAAUAAAGUUGGAGUGUAUUUGUUUUAUUAUUUAAAUGGAGCAUUGAUUCCAUCUUUAAUAAGAUUUGCUGAGUUGUUGUUAUUUUGA